ACACAGCAGGAAGCUGUGUGGUGCUUAUUAAGAAAAACCUGCUGAAUAACCACACACACACACGAAUAGACCAGACUGAAGAUAACCGGCUGUCAUUCGUACGUCUUCCUGCUGAGUCGCAGCAUGUGGGAGGAGAACUUCGAUACAGAGCAUGAGGUUGGCGGUAAGCAGGACUACUCACCGGUUUCCUGGCGGGAGUAUUUUGAUCAGAUGGAGGAUGUGCAUGUGGGACCGGCCGACAGCAGAGACAUAUUCAGGAUUUAUAAAGCAGGACAUGAUGGACCACUGCUGGUUCUGCUUCAUGGAGGAGGACACUCAGCCCUGUCCUGGGCCGUCUUCACUACAGCCAUCGCCAGCAGGGUGACCUGCAGGGUACUUGCUAUGGACCUCAGGGGUCACGGUGACACUGUGGUCCGCCAAUCAGACGACUUCUCAACUCAAACCAUGUCCAGUGAUGUAGCCAAUGUGAUUGGAGCCUGCUACGGUGAGACUCCUCCCCCCAUUGUCCUUAUUGGUCAUGGCGUUGGUGGGGCGAUCGCAGUGCAUACAGCCAGCAACAUGCUGCUACCAACCACUGUUGGCCUGGUGGCUAUUGACGUCGUAGAAGGCAGUGCAAUGGAAGCACUCCACAGCAUACAGAAUUUCUUGAAGGGAAGACCCAAGUCUUUCAAGUCCAUGGACCAUGCUAUAGAGUGGAGUGUCAAGAGUGGGCAAAUAAGAAACCUGGAAUCUGCUAGAGUCUCAGUGGUCGGUCAGAUCAAAAGAUGUGAAGUGGAGGAGACUGACACUUUGGAGCAGGCCAGCCCGGUGACCAACGUUGUCGUCGAGUGUAAUGAAGAGUUCUACGAUCAGAGCUACGUCAAUGACAAAGAAAAUGCUGCCUCAGAGAGUGUGUACAUGUGGCGCAUAGACCUGUCGAAGUCAGAAAAGUAUUGGGACGGCUGGUUUAGAGGAACCUCCAACCUCUUCCUGGCUUGCAAUCUACCCAAACUCCUGCUACUGGCUGGAAUCGACCGGCUGGACAGAGACCUGACUAUCGGCCAGAUGCAAGGUAAAUUCAUGAUGCAGGUGCUGCCCCCCUGUGGACACGCAGUGGAAGAAGACCAACCAGACAGAGUGGCUGAGGCUGUGGCCUCCUUCCUGUUGAGACACAAGUUUGCUGAAGCCAGAAGUUAAACCAGGAGCUGCAACUCUUCAACACAAUGAGGUCAGCAGGUUUUGUGAAAGACCAGCAAAAAAGGAGCCCCAUGAUUGAGACCAGUCCAGACCUCCAAGCAUUUGUGUCUGCUGUUGUGUAGUUUCUGUUCUCCUCCAGUUAUUACCAGUAGUAUUUCAUACUAAGUCAAGCCAGAUAAUUAAAAGUACAGCAGUACAUCAGCACAACAACCCCAAAUAUUUGCUUUGACUUACCGUCUCUGAACAAAUCCCAGAGUUACUGUGAGUGGUUGACCACUGAGCAACAAAAGGCUGUCGCAGCCCAGAUCUGAGGAAGCCAAUCUGACACUGGAAAGGAUUAGAAAAAACAGACAUUUGUUAACUAUUCAGGAUGACAAAACACCAGUUAUACUCAAAAAAGUAUAAAUUAUGAGCUACUUAGUAACCUUGAGUCAGAAUCCUGAGACAGUCUGUAAAAACUACGACCUCUUAAGAUUUUAUGAUUGGAAAUUUUGACUCACUAAAUCAAAAUGGCAAUGGCACUCCUCAUUAGCAGUGGCCCCCCAA